CUCAAUAGAGCCCGCCUUGACGUCGCGACGGAGGUGUUUGUGGGAGAGCUGGAGGGAGAACAAGAAAAGGGAGGGGCGCCUCCGCUCCUCUUAAAGGGACAGGCGCCCUUUUCGGCCCCCGUUUUAAGACAUGGCGAAGGACCCGGAGCACUUGGGCAGUCUUCAUGCAAGCCACAGGUCCAUGUCGUUCACAGAUGGGUUUUCGGCGGCUUCGUUUGCAGAGUAUCCAGGGCACAAUCCUUUCAUUAACACUGACUUGCGACAGUCCCCUGUCAGAAGAGUAACUGCAUAUCCAGAGAAUAACAGCAAAGCAAUAUUCUCAGCUCUGAAGAACUUGCAGGAGAAGAUACGACGGCUGGAGCUGGAAAGAAUUCAAGCAGAGGAGAGCGUGAAAAACUUGACCAGGGAAACCUCAGACUACAAGAAAGUGUUAGGCGAGCAGCUAAUGGAACGAGAACAUUCUAAGUUAGAAGUGUCCAAGAAAAAUGAAGAGUUGGCAACACAGCUGGCAGGUGCUGAGACACGGUGUGGCCUUUUGGAGAAGCAGCUGGAAUAUAUGAAGCAGAUGAUAGCACAGGCAGAACAUGAGAAGACAACUGUUUUGGAGAAGCAGGCCACGUUGGAAAAAGAGCGAAUGAUUGAUCAAACCCAUGUGAAAUCUAAAUUGGAAAGGUUGGAUCUACUUGAGAAAGAAUAUGCCAGGCUUACAGCCAUGCAGACUCUUGCAGAGAAAAAAAUGCAAGAGCUGGAAGAGAAGCUCCAGGAAGAGGAACGUGCACGGAAACUGGUACAGCAAAAAGCUGCCGAGCUUCAGACUGGAUUAGAGACAAACAGGAAGUUGCUGCAGGCACAAAAGUAUUUGGUACGCUCCGAGUCAGUUCCUUCGAAGCCAAAGAAGAUGAAGAAGAAAGCAAAACAGCUGGAGAAGAAUGUCUCUACAGUAACCCACUACCAUACACAGCCCCACUACAGGUUACGACUAGAUGACGUGCCAUUUGUAGCUGGAAAGUCCACUAGUCCUAGCCACUCAGUAGGAGCCAACGUCCAACAUGUGCUGCACCUCAUGAAGCAUCACUCGAAAGUCCUCUGCAAUGACCGCGUGGUUAGUGAAGUCCCUCUGAGUCAACAGACAAGCAAAAGCAGGAGAUCUUCUGUGUCAUCUACUUCAUCCUCAUCCCAUGGAGAUCUUUCUGAGGUGCUGCUGACAUUGCAAGAUGAGCUUGGGCAGAUGAGUUUUGAUCACCAGCAUCUGGCGAAACUCAUCCAUGAUGCUCCAACCAUUUCCAUACGGGAAGAUCUGGAGAGGGAGCUGGAAGUGGUGGUGAAAAAGAUGGAGGCCAAGGUUGAACAGAUCUCUAAAAUCCAAAGGCAUCAGGCACGGCUAGAGAAACGCAAGAAAGAAGGAAAGGCCAAGCGUUAUUGUGCUCAAGAGCCACAAAUCAGUGGUGAAGGGAAGAAGAUGGUGCCUGUCAAGGUGAAAGACUCUGGGCUGAAAGGAAAACCUGGUGAACGGGGCAAGAAGAACUUGCAAUUGUUGAGGGAAAUGCACAGCAUACAAACCUCCCUUCAGAAAGAUGACAUCAGUUGGGAGUACUGAAACCUCUUGAUGUGUGUUUAUUUUAGUUUUGUUUGCACCUUUUUGUCCUUCUGGCUGUGGCCCAGUUGGCUUUCCCAGUGAGGUAAGAUGUCCUCAUUACUGCACUUUCAAAACAGGAGCCUGUUGUUUUCCAGUUUUAGGCCCGGUUACAUUACAGUCCUAAUCCUGAGGGGUUGGAGGGAGGGAAUUAAGACAAACCUGUUAAUAUUUUAACAUGUCUUACAUUACAUUCCCAUCUCUAACUGCUUUGCUCUGGAGCUUCAUCCUUGUCAUAGAACUUUGCCCAUGAUAGGUGAUUCCAGGAUUUACUUGGAGCUACUACUUUUCUCUGGCUGGAGAGGAAACAGGCUAGAUUUUAUUCCCAUAGAGAUGAAGGUGGCAUGAUGGAGGCACUGUGAUCUCCAGUAGUCCGUGCAAGAUUUUGUCCUGCUUCAUAAACUCACACAAUAUUUUUGGACCAAACAGUGGGAUAAAAACACACCAUAAGCUCUGAUAGUUUUAUUUUACUUCCUUUAGCUCUUUUAGAAUGUACUGUCUGUCUUCAGUUGCCUUUUGUCCCCUUGUUGUUGUUGCGUAGACCAUCUUUUGUGAAAGGGUGUUUUUAUGUUGUUGGUUGUGUGGCCAUACCUCAAUAUCUUGGGGGAAAGUUUCUGUUUUCCAAUAUGGAAGUUUUGCAAAGGAGCAAGCAAAUGAUCAAUCUCUUUGACAUUAAGUACCGCUAUCUUUUUUAAAAAGUGAAAUAUCUACUUUUCAUUAAGGAUACUUUCUUCAGAGAUUGAUCCAUGGAAUCCUAAUAAUAUGGCUUCAAAGUGGAACUAAAAUAUUUCUCUAUUCUUUUUGCAGAAAAACAUGAUGUCAGCCUGUGUCCUUUUAAAAAAAAUGUCAUGGAUCAUGCUGUUCUUUAAUUGGCAGCUAUUUUUAACUUGUUUUUAACUUAAAGGGACGAUUCACUGGACUAAAGUAUUUGGUGGCUGUCGCGAUGCAAAAUGAUUUAUACGUGCACAUACAUACACAGAUAUUAUUUAUUACAUUAAUAAUGGAAAGACUUUCCAAUGAUUGGAAUGUACUGAUGACUCAAAAUUGCCUGUGCUUUUUGAGGCUUGAUUGGAAUCCAAUAAAGGCAACUUGCUAAGUCAAGAAAUUA